UUCAAGCAUAUAAUAUAAAUAUUAUUGUCUGCAUAUAGUACCAUCUAUUUUUAUAGUUGUAUAAAAAUAGUUGGUACAAUGGUAUCAUCGCUUAUUUUAAUACCAAUGUUUCUAAGCGUAAUGACAAUUUAGUUUAAAUGGCUUAAUGAUAUUUUAAUGAUCACGGUCGUAACAAUUUUGGCUCUACUGUUUGAAAAUUAUGGUAAUUGUGAAUUUCCCAUGAUUUUUAGUAUAUAAAUGUUGCCAAAAUUUUGUAAAAUCACCAUAAACAUUCAUUCAGGUUUAUCAAGAGGUACCUACAAAAAACGGAAAACAGCAUGAAGGCCAUAUCUGUAGCGUUUGUAGCUCUAGCUAUCCCACUAGUGAUGUGCUACGAUGAGAAGUUCGAUAAAGUAGAUGUCGAUAAAAUCAUCGGCGAUGACAGUCUUUUCAGUGGAUACAUCAACUGUAUGCUCGAGAAAGGACCUUGUGAUUUGGAGCAUUCCGAAGAGUUUAAAAAAAUUCUUCCUGAAGUUAUAUCUACUUCAUGUUCCAAAUGCACGCCAGUUCAGAGAAGCCAUGUGAGGAAGACGGUGAAAGCUCUAGCUGAAAAGAAACCUGAUGACUUCAAAGUAUUUAAAUCAAAAUAUGAUCCCAAUGGUCAGUAUGAAGCAGCAUUUACAGCUUUCUUGGUAGCAUCCGAUUAAAUCUAUGUUCACCCAGUUUUAUGUGAUAAUUCACCAAAAACGGCAAUCCAAUCGGCUUACUGAUUUCAUAGUCUAUGUGGAGCAUUACCUAAAGUUAAGAUAAUUUUAA